UCCCCAACAACUGGAAUUUUGGCUGAAAUGCCUGCAAGUGAAGCUUCCUUUAAGAAAGAAGUACCAGGCAGUGGUUUCGGUAAAGCAGACGGCAAGGAACAUCUCACUAACUCGAAGAUGUCCAAUGUCCUCUUGCGUCAUUUUCCUGAAGGAGAGUUACUAAACACUUGUCAGCUAAUUGAGUGUGAGACCAUACCAGAGACGUCCUGUACUGAAAGCAUUGGUGAAACUAUGACCAAACCUGAGACUUAUGAACAUGGCAAAGGCCCUGCAACACCUGAACAAUGGGCAAUGAAACUGGAAGAAUAUCAUUUAGAAAAGCAUGAGGACUUAUGCACUGGUGGGAAAAGUGUGCUAAAUGAAAAUCAAUUUGUUUCAAAGAGAUCUAUUUCUUCUACUGUUACCUGUGGGUGCAGACAUGACAAUUCACAGCUGAGUAACGAGUAUGAAGACACACACAUCUCUCACAACACAAAGGAACAGAGAGAACUGUUUAGGAAAACAGUGUCAUCUCAUAGGCUCAUACACGGCCAAAGUGAAGUUCACCAUUGCCUUCCUGACUUCUCUAAAGUUAUUUCAAAACUACAAGUGCCAAACAUAAAUGAAGAUAUCAAACCAGUUCCUACAAUCGAACCAACAAAAUCCUUCCCUAUGUUGCUCAGUCAGUCAGUAACUGUGGACAACAUUCUAGACAAUAACUGUUUUCAUUCUGUUGAAGUAGAGGAUCCAGAAGAAAUGAGAAUUGCAGAAUUGUUACAACAGCUCAAGAUACUGCCUCAGUCAGAUUUUGCAACUCCAAGUUUUGUCAUGUACUCGGGGGGCGCUGGGACAUCUGCUGAAGUCUUUACAACACGUGCUCCUAACGCUACACAGGCCACGCAAGACUUGCCUGAUCCAAGAUUACCACAUGGGACAAUGGUAUCAGCAUUUCCAGCAGCUGGUACAGUACAAGUACACUGUCCAAGUCCUUCUCAUUUACUGCCAGAACUAACACAAGGAGAAAAGAUGUCUCAAAUACUAAAAGAACAGACAGAUCAACUGAAAAUUAAAGUGGAAGAUUUCACUAAACAUAUGACCCACGACACAUUCGUUUCACAAGACAAUUACCUGGCAUUAAAUCAAUUGAAAAAAUACCUUGAUGCCUUGGAAAGGAGUUACUUAACUGCUAGAGAGGAGCACCGUGUUUUACAGCUGCAGAACUACAAGGACAAGUCUAUCCACGUUGGAGAGUUUGAUCCUGAAAGAAAGGUGGAAGGGGAAAUAUUUAGACUUGGCAUGCUGCUAGAAGACAUCCAAGAACAAACUGACGAUUGCAAAUACAGCUUGGCUCCUUCACUUAUUUCUGAUGAAUCUGCCCGUUCAUCGGAUCUUCUUUGGGAGAGCCCAGUAGUUUCCAGCAUUACUGAUCCUCCAGAAGAAACCACAUUUCUUCACAAGAACAACAAGGGAGAAAAUACAAGCCAGACAAGUGAUGUAAUCCCACAAACAAAUCAUCUGUUUUCUUCAAAAGCUGAAAAGUGCCAUCUUUGUCCUCACACGUUACAAAAGAGAGCUGAAUCAACUUCUGGAAGAGAAACAGAGCCUCUGGGAAAAGGUUAUCUGCUAGCAAGCAAGCAUUCUUCCAGUGUAAUGAGAUUCCUUUCACCAGAAGAAAAAGGUCUUAGAUUCCAUACUCAGGGUACAUUAAAUCAAAAAUGUAAUGCUGAUGAAGAAAAUAAGAAAGGAAAUAAAAACAUCCAGGAAAGGAAAACUGGAGUAUGUUCAAUCUUCAUUCAGAGAAAACCAACUGAUUUAUCAGAUACAAAUCUGAGCAGUGACUCAGAAGACAUCUCAGCCUGUGAUUCUUAUGGUUCACAAAGUGAGGAAUUUAUGGAACGUGAGACUGAAAGGUACAAAACAUUCAAUACAAGAUUACAUCAAGAUAAAAAAGGAUUUAUGUUCAGAUGCCCUAGAGAAAGCAGUUAUCAACUCAAACACAGGAAUUACAAACAGGCUGUUCAGUCUUGUGCCCUGUGUAGAAAUAAAAAUUCUGGCUCAACCUCUUAUGCGCAGAAGAGAAUCUCCACUCAGAAGACUCGAAUAAAAAAAUGGCCCCGUGAACUUGUAAACAGACUUUCUGAAAGGAAUGUCAAUGUCAAGAAGCCUGCCAGAAACAAACCUGCAAUCAUCAUCAGAAACAGAAAUACCAAUGAUUUCAACGCAAAUAUUUUAAAUUCUACCCUGGAUCAUGCCAUACAGACAGCAAACAGUCUGAAGAGAGCUACAGAACGAAUGGUACAAGCAAUUUCAGAAGAUCUAGAUAAAGUUGCAAGAAAACAGCUUUAAUUAUGCAGUUUCAAAUGUUGUGUUGUUUUGAUGAUUAAUGCUGAAAUAUCAGUGUGUCUGCAAACAACAAAUAAUAAAUACAAAGACUGGGUAGUCAGCUAGCUUUGGUUCUUUCUAUGACCAUCAACACUAAACUAAAUCAGAGCAUACUGGUACUCCAC